GCUUCGCGUGCGAUGUUUUUUCUGUAAAGCACAACAAUUGGCGUCGUGGACCUGUUGUAUCUGUAUAUAUUACUCGUGCAUAGACCUCAUUGCAUCAUGUAACAAACCUUCAAAUUCAAGAAAUGGCGGCAAGGUCAUCCAUGCUCGUCGUUGUUGCCAUCACCUUCCUCCUCGCCGCUCCUCCGCCGGCCUUCUCGGCACGAAGAAGCUUCCGUGCCACCAUGACCCGCACCGAACCGGCCAUCAACUUGACGCGGGCCGCGCACAAGUCCCACCAACGGCUGUCCAUGCUCGCCGCCCGGCUUGACGACGCUGCCUCAGGGAGCGCGCAGACCCCGCUCCAGCUCGACAGCGGCGGCGGCGCAUACGACAUGACGUUCUCCAUCGGCACGCCACCGCAGGAGCUGUCGGCCCUCGCCGACACCGGCAGCGACCUCAUCUGGGCCAAGUGCGGCGCGUGCACGCGGUGCGUUCCCCAGGGCUCCCCUUCCUACUACCCAAACAAGUCGUCGUCUUUCUCCAAGCUGCCGUGCUCCGGCAGCCUCUGCAGCGACCUGCCGUCGUCCCAGUGCAGCGCCGGCGGCGCCGAGUGCGACUACAAGUACUCCUACGGCCUUGCCAGUGAUCCGCAUCACUACACACAAGGUUACCUCGGGAGCGAGACCUUCACGCUCGGCAGCGACGCCGUGCCCGGCAUCGGCUUCGGCUGCACCACCAUGUCGGAGGGCGGGUACGGCUCGGGCUCCGGCCUCGUCGGCCUCGGCCGCGGGCCGCUGUCCCUCGUCUCGCAGCUCAACGUCGGCGCCUUCUCCUACUGCCUCACCAGUGACGCCGCCAAGACGAGCCCUCUCCUGUUCGGCUCCGGCGCCUUGACGGGCGCCGGCGUCCAGUCGACGCCGCUGCUGCGGACAUCCACCUACUACUACACGGUGAACCUGGAGAGCAUCUCGAUCGGCGCCGCGACGACGGCCGGGACUGGAAGCAGCGGCAUCAUCUUCGACUCCGGCACCACGGUGGCGUUCCUCGCGGAGCCGGCGUACACGCUGGCCAAGGAGGCGGUCCUGUCGCAGACGACGAACCUCACCAUGGCGUCCGGCAGGGACGGGUACGAGGUCUGCUUCCAGACGUCCGGCGCCGUCUUCCCGUCCAUGGUGCUGCACUUCGACGGCGGCGACAUGGAUCUGCCGACGGAGAACUACUUCGGGGCCGUGGACGACAGCGUCAGCUGCUGGAUCGUGCAGAAGUCGCCGAGCCUGUCCAUUGUUGGGAACAUCAUGCAAAUGAACUAUCACAUCCGGUACGAUGUGGAGAAGUCGAUGCUGUCCUUCCAGCCAGCCAACUGCGACAAUUUCUGAAGAAUUGAGCAAUAAAACACUCGCCUCUCUGCUGGUCAUUGGUAUAUAGUCCAAUUAGCUAGCUCAUGUUGCAUCACUGGAUGUACAUUUCCACGCAGGGGCACGUACAUGCAUAGUUAAAUAGUACUUCUUUCCUAGAAUAAAUCAGGUUAGUACAGAUUGAAAAAACAUGGAUUGGUGACAUUCGUAAUGGCACAAAGAUUAUAUUCUGUAUGUUAUUAGUAUGUAUGGAUCUUAUUUUCUCGAGAAUGACAUCAUCAUGAUGUAAUGGUUUCAGAGACAGUU